AGUCGCAUUCCACUCCCCUUCCAUGCCGCCCUCGCCGUCGCGGCCGCCGCCGGCGGCGGAGGUCUCCGACGCUGAGAUGUCCGACGGAGAGGUACCGCCUCGCCAGGCUGCGGAGGACUUAGUCAGGGGAGCGGCGAACCGCGCCGCGCCGGGCUCGGCCGGCGAAGAGGACGAGGAGAUUUACGACGACGACGACGAGAGCUCCGAUUACAACUCCUACGACGACGGCGACGACGAAUCCGAUGAGAGCGGCUCGUACUACGAGGACCACGAGGAGGAGGAGGAGCAGGAGGGCGCCGGCGGGGACAGGGCCUCCGGGGGCGCGGAGGAGGAGGCUGCGUCGGCCGGCGUGGGCGGCGGCCCGAAGGCGGAGGGGAGUCCCCGGGCGGCGGCCACCUGCUGCAUCUGCAUGGAUCCCUGGGCUUCCUACGGCGCUCACCGCAUCUGCUGCAUUCCAUGUGGACAUGUCUACGGCAGAUCCUGCUUGGAGAGGUGGCUACGCCGCGGCGGCAACACCAGCGCCAAGUGCCCUCAGUGCAGUGAAAGGUUCAAGCACAGGCACAUCAUCAAUCUCUACUCGUCGGUGCAUCUCUGGAACGAUUGCUGCCUCAAAGAGAUCCGAGCUCAAAGUACGAGUUCAAGUUCUUCUGUACACCCUCGUCCACAUGCUAUUUCAGUUAGGAUCUCCCAACUCGAGGCCCGGAUGGAGGAAGAAAGGAGGCUACGGGAGGAAGCCAUGAGAAGGCAAGAGGAGAGGAUAGCGGCACAGAAUCAAUUCUUCGAGGAGAGGAUGGCGGCACAGAAUCAACUCUUCGAGGAGAGGAUGGAGGCACAGAGUCAAUUCUUCAAGGAGCAAAGGGCGGCACAGCGUCAAGACAUCGAGGAGAGCAGGGCGGCACAUAAUCAAUUAUUGGAGGAGAGGAUGAGUCAAGCCAUCAAGGAGAGCAGGGCGGCACAGAAUCAAUUCUUUGAGGAGAGGAUGGCGGCACUGAGUCUAGCCUUCAAGGAGAUGCUGGCGGCACAGAGUCAAGCCAUCGAGGAGAGGAUUAGUCAAGGCAUCAAGGAGAGGUUGGAGGCAGAACGAGCUCUCUACCAGGAGCAAUUCCAGAGUCCUUAUGCUCUCCACGGCAGAAGUCCGCCAUCGAUGCCAAGCCUUCCUCCUCCACGUGCUCCACACACUCAUACGCAUCUAUCAGCUAGAUCGAAUGACCCGGGAGGUGGUACAUCCGCACAUGGUCAAGGAAGCUCAAGCAUCCAUCAUGAUGGUGGUACUCCAAGGUUUUCGACUCGACGAGUCGUUCUGGGGGGACCGCUGAACUCCUAUUCAGCUGUCAUUCUGAUCGUAGGGCACCGCUGAACUCCUGGACAAGGUUUGCCGGUAUGCGAGAACCAGAUGCAACAAUACACGCUCUGCGUUGAAAAGCGGCUCAAGGAUAAGGUUGAGCAGCCGAAGGAGUGUAUGGAGCUGAUACCAAGAAAUCAGAGCAUGUCGCACACCGAUGUCAUGAACUUCAUGUUACAGAACUGGCCUGAGCCUUCUCUCCAGUUAUCCAGCUUCCGACGGCGGACUGAUCCACAAGUGGUAUCUAUCAGCCGGCUGGUCAAUUGCUGAAACUUGUGCACACACAUUUCCUCUUUCCACUGGAGUAGUUAGUAUCUGUGAUAUGUGGAUAUACACCUUCCUCUGCUCUGCCCAUUUCACGGGAAACCGGCAUGAAUGGGAUAGUUGGCUGCACUACUCUCCUGGAUUAAUGCGAAAGCAAUCUCUUGUGGCUC